UCAUGGCCAUGGAAAUGAAGGUUUCAGCCCUUUGUAUCAUAUUUCUUCUCACCUUUCUCUUCUCUGAGUCUGUUGCUAGCUUUCCUUCUUCAUCCCUUAACACACACUCCAUUUGCAAACACACCCCACAUGCAGAUUUCUGCAAAUAUCUUUUUUCUUCUAACAAGUUGUUCAACACCCUCGACUAUGGCAGGGUCUCGAUCCAUCAUUCCUUGUUGAAUGCUCGUACUUUCCUCGAUUCAAUCAAUCAGCAUUUCCUCGCACACCCUUCGAAUUCGACGUCAAAACAAGCCCUAGAGGAUUGCCGGUUUCUAGCCGAUCAGAAUGUUGAUUUCUUGUCACAAAUAUCAGACAGAAUCAAUUCUUCUACCGAUAGUUUAGACAGCGUCGAGGCUGAUGAUUUGCACGCUUUGCUUAGCGCUGCUUUGACUAAUGUAGAAACAUGUCUCGAAGCACUCGAAUCGACACCGUCAGCAUCGAGAAUUAAGGACCGGUUUUUACAAUCUAAUGGAACAAAGAGCUUCAGUGUUUCUCUUGCAGUUUCAAAGCAUUGGGUUCAUAGCUCGACCAAUCCAGAAAGAAACCAUGUUUUUCACAAGUUGAUUGAUGAUACCUACACUCCUUUAUCUGUGUUUAUGUCUUCUAACGAUAAACAAACAAUUUAUGAAUAUGCAACUGGGAAAAGGGAUGUUAAGACAUUAACAAAUGGGAAAAUUACAGUGAAACAAGUAGUGAUGGUAAGACAUAAUGGAGAUGGCCAAUUCAAAACCAUCAACGAUGCCAUCACAGCCAUGCCGAACGUUACCGGUGACAGCAACGAAUACUAUGUGAUUUACAUACCUACCGGUGUCUACGAAGAGUACAUUUCGAUACCAAAGUAUAAACAGAACUUGGUUUUGGUAGGCGGUCUCAGCACCAACCCCACGAUAAUCUCCGGAAAUCGCAGCGUUGGCGAUGGCUCAACCACAUUCAGUUCAGCAACACUCGCUGUCUUUGGGAAGAAAUUUAUUGCAGUGGACAUAACAUUUCGAAACACAGCUGGACCGAGCAAGUACCAAGCCGUCGCUGUCCUAAACGGAGCCGAUCAAUCCAUAUUUAAUAGAUGCACGUUCGAGGGAUACCGGAAUACCUUAUACGUCCACUCUUUCAGACAAUUCUACGUAAACUGCCAUAUUUUAGGCACCGUUGAUUUCAUAUUCGGCAAUGCGGCCGCUGUGAUACAAGAAUCUUACAUACACGCUCGACUACCGUUGCCAACACAAGACGAUGUCAUCACUGCUCAAGGAAGGACCGAUCCGAGCCAAAACACGGGCAUAUCGAUCAUAAGUUCCUUCAUUAGAGCCAAUGAUGAUUUAAUCUCAAACAUGGGAUUGACGAAAAUAUAUUUGGGAAGACCAUGGAAGGAUUAUUCGAGGACGGUUUAUGUGAGUAGUAGCUUGGAUGGAUUGGUUGCAGAUGAGGGUUGGAAAAAAAGGGAUGGAGAUUUUGGACUAAGUACAGUUUAUUUUGGGGAAUAUGAUAACUAUGGUUUAGGAAGAGAUACGGGUGAUAGAGUGGAUUGGCCUGGCUUCCAUAAUAUGACUAAAACUGAAGCUCUUAACUUCACUGUUGCAAGAUUCAUUGGAGGUCAUAAAUGGUUGCCUGCAACUGGUGUUCAUUAUUUUGGGGGAUUACGUGAUUGAAACCUUUUUGCUUUAACUACGGAAUUCAUGUUAAUAAAUGAUGAGUU